AGAGUGGACAAACAAUAAAUAAAAGAUAAACAUAAAGUCAUCGAUUAAAAGUAUAGAAAGAAGAGUCAAAAAGACAAUUGAAGAAGUUUCAGUUUGCCUUUUCAAUUAAAGAAAAUGUUGUUGCACGGGUUCGCACCCUCUCUAGGGUAGGCCAAAGCACUCAAAUUUCGUGUUUUGGCCAAAGCAUCCAUCAGAGCUUUUGCUUUGUGGGUGCUCUCAGAUAGCUUAUGUCAUUUUUCCAGCUUUUUCUACAUACAUAAACAAAAUUAUCGUCGGAAUCAAUGGAUAAUCGAGCACACAUAUUUAGUACGUGGGUUUGCCCCUAUUUACUCUGAGCUGGUCGUGAAUCUUGAUCGUAAUCCUCAAAUUUGAGGAGGGUGUAUGUUACAACUUUAGUGAUUGUGAGUCUCGGUGACCGCGGGGUUAAAUAUAACCAAAUUAUACGACGAAUGAUAGAAUUAAUCAAAUUUUGAAAGUUGACGGGUCAUUUUGACCCUUUUCAGUUAAUCUUUUGUUCACAACUGCGAUGCCCCCAUCCAAAUCAACGGUCACGGAUCUCCCGCUUUUCACCUCCCAGCGCCGUAUAUAAUUUUCCUAGAUGUGCGUUUGUGUACAUACACGUAUUCAUUCAUAACAGUAAAUUAUCGAGAGAGAAAAGACGAAAGUCAAGAAAGACAUUCAUCAUUGUAGUUGCCGAUCUGAUGGAGAACUCAGUUGACAUAGAGAAUGAUGGAGGAGGAGGGAUAAUUGACGACGACAAAUUUGAUUUAGAGAGAAAUAUUUCGACAAAUUCAGAGAGUGGUGGUAGUAUAAGAGAGCCUUUGCUCAAAUCCAAGAGUAGAGUCAACAACACUUCCCAAAUUGCUAUUGUUGGAGCCAACGUUUACCCCAUUGAAAGCCUCGACUACGAGAUUGUAGAAAAUGACCUUUUCAAACAAGACUGGAGAUCUAGGAAAAAGGUUCAGAUAUUUCAAUAUAUAUUUCUCAAAUGGACUCUUGUGCUCCUCAUUGGAUUGAGUACUGGACUUGUUGGUUUCUUUAAUAACAUAGGAGUGGAAAAUAUUGCUGGUUUCAAGCUCCUAUUGACUAGCAACUUAAUGCUUGAGGAAAAGUAUGUCCAGGCAUUUGCUGCUUUUGCGGGUUGCAAUGUGGUUCUAGCAACUUGUGCCGCUGCCCUCUGUGCAUUUAUUGCACCUGCAGCUGCUGGGUCUGGUAUACCUGAAGUUAAAGCAUAUCUAAAUGGUAUCGAUGCUCAUUCGAUUUUGGCUCCAAGUACAUUACUUGUCAAGAUCUUUGGAUCCAUUUUGGGUGUUUCUGCUGGAUUUGUUGUUGGCAAGGAAGGACCCAUGGUCCAUACUGGUGCUUGCAUAGCAAACUUACUUGGACAGGGGGGUUCCCGCAAGUAUCAUCUAACUUGGAAAUGGCUAAGAUACUUCAAAAACGACCGUGAUCGUAGGGAUUUGAUCACUUGUGGUGCUGCUGCUGGUGUGGCAGCUGCUUUCCGUGCCCCAGUAGGAGGAGUUCUUUUUGCUCUUGAGGAAGUAGCAUCAUGGUGGCGAAGUGCUUUACUCUGGAGGGCUUUCUUCACAACUGCUAUCGUUGCUAUGGUUCUCAGAUCUCUCAUACAAUUCUGUCGCAGUGGAAACUGUGGUCUCUUUGGCCAAGGAGGCUUGAUAAUGUUUGAUGUCAAUUCAGGAGUAUCUAAUUACAACACAAUAGAUGUAUUGGCACUAAUCUUAAUUGGAGUACUUGGAGGCCUUCUGGGAAGCCUUUAUAACUAUCUUGUUGACAAGGUCCUUCGGACUUACACCGUCAUUAAUGAGAGAGGUCCUGCUUUCAAGAUCUUGCUUGUCAUGAGUGUUUCCAUCCUGACUUCUUGUUGCUCUUAUGGCCUACCAUGGCUGGCAAGGUGCAUUCCAUGUCCUGUAGGCUUGGAGGAAAAAUGCCCAACUAUAGGUCGCUCUGGAAGCUACAAGAAUUUCCAGUGUCCAGCAGGGCAUUACAAUGAUCUCGCAUCACUCUUUCUGAACACCAACGAUGAUGCCAUCCGUAAUUUGUUUAGUUCAAAUAAUUCAAAUGAAUUUCACAUCUCUACACUUCUAAUCUUCUUUGCUGGGGUAUAUUGUCUUGGCAUUAUUACUUACGGAAUUGCUAUUCCUUCUGGUCUCUUCAUUCCUGUCAUACUAGCUGGAGCCUCCUAUGGACGUAUUUUUGGUAGAGCCUUGGGUUCGUUGUCCCAUCUUAAUGUUGGUCUGUUUUCGCUACUUGGUGCUGCCUCUUUCCUUGGUGGUACCAUGAGAAUGACAGUAUCAAUUUGUGUCAUACUCCUUGAGCUUACAAACAAUCUACUAAUGCUUCCAUUGGUGAUGCUUGUUCUUCUCAUAUCUAAAACUGUGGCUGAUACUUUUAACAAGGGUGUCUAUGACCAAAUUGUGAAAAUGAAAGGUUUGCCUUUCUUGGAAGCACACGCUGAACCAUAUAUGAGGAACUUGGUUGCUGGAGAUGUCUGUUCUGGACCAUUAUUGUCAUUUUCGGGUGUGGAGAAGGUGGGUAACAUAGUACAUGCUUUGAAGUAUACUAGGCAUAAUGGCUUUCCUGUGAUUGAUGAGCCACCUUUCUCAGAGACACCAGAGUUAUGUGGGCUCGUUCUACGGUCCCAUGUACUUGUUUUGCUCAAUGGAAAGAAAUUCACAAAACAACGUGUAUUGAGUGGCUCCAAUAUUUUGAGGAGGUUUCAUGCAUUUGAUUUUGCUAAGCCAGGAUCAGGUAAGGGGCUUAAGUUUGAGGAUCUCGUCAUUACACAGGAGGAGAUGGAAAUGUAUGUUGAUCUCCAUCCUAUAACAAAUACAUCCCCAUACACAGUAGUGGAGACCAUGUCUCUGGCCAAAGCUGCAAUCCUUUUCCGACAGCUCGGUCUUAGACACUUGUGUGUUGUCCCAAAGAAAACAGGGAGGGCUCCGAUCGCUGGAAUCUUAACAAGGCAUGACUUCAUGCAUGAGCAUAUAUCUAACCUCUACCCGCAUCUUGUCCCCCACAAGUAACCAGAGAGGUAUGCUCAUUCCAUAGGCAAAUAGCAGCCUAUGUGCAUUACUGUUUCUACUAUUAUUUUUUAUUUCCAGAAUUACUCUCAUUGUAAUCUUUUGAUUUGAGCUGAAGUUGGGCUGUUCAACCUAAACUUAAGGGGUGGAAAAUGUUUGUACUCUCAUAUGUUUUAUAUCUCAAUAGAAGUGGAUCUCUUGUUAAAAGGCAAAA